AGAUUUAAUCUAAAAUUGCAAAGUACAAACUGAAAAACCAAAACACACAGCUGCUGGAGAGCUUCAAUCUGACGAAGCCCUAACUCCUUUUUCUUUUUGUUUCCCUUUCAAUUUUCUGUUCAAUUUCAUCUUCACUUUUACGGAAGGAAUUGAAUUGGGAUCUAAGCGCUUCCUUGUCCUUUUCAAUUCGUUCUCUUCGUGUUUGCAUUUUCUGUUUUCAAUCUUAAUCAGACGCGGAAAGUGCGUCUCUUGAAUCGUCGUUUGUUCCCAGUUCCGAGGAACUUUCUGGAUCCUGAAGAUUGUUCUUUUAGGAAAAUUUUCGAAGGAUUUGGUUGAGGAUUGGCUGGGAAUCUAAACAGCCAAUGCUAUUAGUUUCGUUUCGAGUUGAAAUAGAAAAUCGGUGAUUUUUUUUAUAUACUGGAAAAGGUGUUGGUGUUCAUCGAUGUCUUGGGCAAGCGCGGAAGAUAUCUACCUUUCAACUUCUCUUGCCAAUUACCUUGACAAGAAGGUUCUUGUACUACUUCGAGAUGGGCGGAAGCUAUUAGGGAUACUCCGUUCAUUUGAUCAAUUUGCUAAUGCUGUUCUUGAAGGGUCAUGUGAAAGGGUGAUCGUUGGUGACCUUUACAGCGAUAUUCCUUUAGGUCUCUAUGUUAUUCGAGGGGAAAACGUUGUUUUACUUGGCGAGCUGGAUUUGGAGAAGGAGGAGCUCCCUCCACACAUGACUCAUGUCUCUGCUGUGGAGAUUAAAAGGGCUCAAAAAGCAGAGAGAGAAGCUACAGAUCUUAAAGGCACAAUUAGGAAAAGAUUGGAAUUCCUUGAUCUGGAUUGAUAGUUGUUUCAAAAUCUUCGAUUUGUUAGCUCUCUCGUUUGCAAGUUCCUCUUGUUUAGCCGCUUACUCAUUAUUGCCCAGUAAGUCCAUCUGCUCUCAUAUUGGUUUGUGUAUGAACAAUUCAGAGUCUAUUUUUUUGGCCACUAGAAUCUUAACAUUAUGUUCUUGACCUUCCAUUUCUCGUGUAAUAUUUUAUUCGAUAAAUAAAAAAAACUCUUUCCUCUUAA